GCAGUCAUAAAGCUGUGUGAGGGUGCGAUGCUCGGGCUGUCGCUGGAGCCUCUGGAGGAUGCAGCGGGGCGGAUGGAGGAAGAGGAGGCGGUGAGAGCGCAGUGAAGCACGGGCGCACGGCCUCAGGGAUGUCCACACUGCGCUGCCUCUCCCCGGGACGCAGGACGAAGGCUUCAGUGGGUCAGAUUUAACUAAAACAGGGAGGAUACGACUGCGAGCGGCCCGUGGAGGUCUACGUGAAGCAACGAGGGACAGACAACUACCCCAGUUUCACCGUUUUAUCACCACUGCAACAAACGCCUUUCGCGAUUUGUUUUUUCUUGGAGAUACGCGGUUUUUCUGCAGUAUUUCGUCUUGGCAUCGCCUCGUGAAGCUUAGAAGUAAAGGCACUGUGGCACUAGAGCGUUUCCGUGGGUGCAUUCAGGCUGCAUUUACCAUUAUGGCCUCUGCUCUGUCUGUAGCAUCACUAGACAACCCCCUCCUGACGCAAAGAUGAGCCAAACUGGUCCAAACUGAGCAGCAAUCUAACAAAACAACAAUAAACGCGUAAACAUGACGUUAUUACAGGUUUUGUCUGUGACUGUGACCUUUCUGUGGACUAUUCUGUGCAUUUUGGAGAGCAGUGAAUGCGCAUUGGACACGUCGGGCCUGUCCUUAGCCAUCCGUGUGCCACUGCGUCAAGGCGCUCGCUCUGAACAGCCACCUGUCGCCCCCAGCCCCGGGACAGAGGGCAGCGUGGGGGGCAAGAAGGCACGGCGCAGGCGCAGAGGGGCAGCUGCAGGGGUCAGCUUCGUGGAUAUGAUUGAUAACCUGCGUGGGAAGUCCGGGCAGGGGUACUACGUGGAGAUGGCAGUGGGGACACCUCCACAGAAGCUGAACAUCCUGGUGGACACUGGGAGCAGUAACUUUGCUGUGGGGGCAGCGGCUCACCCUUUUCUCAGAAGAUACUACCAUCGCUCUCUAUCGACGUCAUACCGGGACCUCGGGCGCAGUGUGUAUGUCCCGUACACUCAGGGGCGCUGGGAGGGUGAGCUGGGCACGGACCUGGUCUCUGUCCCGCACGGCCCUAACGCCACGCUCAGAGCAAACAUCGCCGCCAUCACCCAGUCAGACCGAUUCUUUAUCAACGGCUCCAACUGGGAAGGCAUCCUGGGACUGGCCUACGCGGAUAUAGCUCGACCAGAUGAGAACCUGGAGCCUUUCUUUGACUCUCUGGUUCGUCAGACGCCCGUCCCAAACCUCUUUUCACUGCAGCUUUGUGGAGCAGGCUUCACCCAAAACUACUCCUUAGGCAGCGCGACGGUCGGAGGCAGCAUGAUCAUUGGUGGCAUAGACCCCUCCCUCUACGUCGGCGAGCUGUGGUACACUCCGAUACGCAGAGAGUGGUACUACGAAGUCAUUAUUGUGAGGAUCGAAGUGAACGGACAGGACCUCAACAUGGACUGUAAAGAGUAUAACUAUGACAAGAGCAUCGUGGACAGUGGAACCACAAACCUGCGUCUGCCCAGGAAGGUUUUUCAAGCAGCGGUCAAAGCGAUUGAAGCAGCGUCCUCCACGGAGCAGUUCCCGUCUGGUUUCUGGCUCGGGGAGCAGCUGGUUUGUUGGCAGGCGGGCACUACACCGUGGCACAUUUUCCCUGUCAUCUCUCUGUAUCUGAUGAGUGAAAACCGUAACCAGUCCUUCAGAAUAUCCAUCCUGCCCCAGCAAUACCUGAGGCCCGUGGAGGAUGUGGCCUCUGCUCAGGAGGACUGCUAUAAGUUUGCGGUGUCCCAGUCCAGCACCGGGACAGUGAUGGGGGCUGUCAUCAUGGAGGGAUUUUAUGUUGUUUUCGACCGAGAGAAGAGACGCAUCGGAUUCGCAGUCAGCACGUGUCACGUGCACGAUGAGUUCCGCACAGCGUCCGUGGAGGGUCCGUUUCAUGGAGUGGACCUGGAGGACUGUGGGUACAACAUCCCCCAAACAGACGAGUCCACGCUCAUGACCAUCGCCUACAUCAUGGCCGGUAUCUGCGCGCUCUUCAUGCUGCCUCUGUGUCUCAUGGUCUGUCAGUGGCGUUUCGCUCGCUGCAUUCAUCCACACGGGGACUUCACCGAUGACAUUUCUCUAUUGAAGUGAAUGGGAAACACGGUGGGAAAUACGUUUACUUGAAUUUAAAACGAUUGUUAUUGUGGAUUAAGGUGUUGUUGGUGUUGUGAAUGCGGCGUCAGGUUUAGGAAAAGUUAAAAUUUGAAGAGAAACUGUAUGUUAAUUCCAGUGAAAGGACUUUCUAAUGUUUAAAGAUAUAUAAAAUGUAAAAUAUAUUGACCCCUGCACCUCACCUGAGAUUUUGAGAUAAAAAAAAUUCCAAUUUAGAACCUAACUUAUUGUUAAAUUCCCAUGUGUUUUAAUAAAAAUAAUAAUAAUAAUGCUUUGGAUAUAGAACGUCAAAGUGAUUUACAGUGUAUUAUUAAUUCACUUCCCCACUAGGUAGAGGUAAAAAUAACCAAGAUAAAAUUUUAACCCUCAGUAUAUUAAUUGAAUUAAAUAGAACUGUUCCUAAAUAUGAUCCGAGCCUUUAUGUCAAACGGGACCAAGAUUGAUUUUAAUGUGAAAACGUAAGGUGCAUAUAAAGGUGUGUAAGCUGGAUUCAUCUCCUAACAAUUCAAAGUUAAUGCUGAAAUGGAAAUGAAGACUUGUAGAUGCUUUGUGUGGCUUUAAAUGGAGUGAGCAUGCUUGUUUGUGUGAGGUAAUGUUAUACGAGAAUGUUUUUGAAAGAUCAAGAGUAAACUACUGCUAUAAUGGAGCCCUACAGUUGAAGUAGGGCCAAUGUAACAAAAUAUAUCCUAUACAAAGUUGUUGUUUUUUCUCAAUGUAAAGUUGAGAUUACAGCCGAUGUCACUUUCUUUCUUGUACAAACAGCUUACAUGUACAUAUAUAUACUGUUACAUUAUUGAUAUAUUGUACAGACUUUCUCUAUUGCUCCUGCACUGACUGAUGAUUUGCACAUGUAACAACACAAUGCAUAUUAACAAAAACAACGCGCGAGAGAGGGCUUUGGGGCUACAUCCUUUAACAGGGACCAUGUAUUUGUCAAUGAAACUAUCCAAAGUAUGCCAUAGAAGAUAACAUUGUACGUUUUUGUCUCUAUGCUGCUGUAAAUACAACUUUCAACUGUUUAUUUAUCUGCCGUAACAGACUGGCAGCAGAAAUAAAGUCAUUGUAUCAACAA